AUGACACAGACAACACAAGAAGAGCAAGUGAAUCAUGCGAAACAAGUGAAGCAAGGGAAACAUCAUACUCCUAUCAAAGCAUGUCUAUUCGAUAUGGAUGGAACAAUCUUAAACACUGAGGAUAUCUAUACGGAGGCAGCUUCAGAGCUUUUAGCAAAGUAUGGGAAAGGUCCAAUGACAUGGGAUGUGAAGAUCAAAUUACAAGGAAGACCUGGCUUGGAAGCUACAAGAAUCAUGAUUGAAGAAUUUGACUUGCCUAUAACAGCAGAGGAGUUUGCCAAGGAGGCCAUGGUGAUACAGGCUGACAAGUGGCAUAAAGCUCGCUUUCUUCCUGGUGCAUUAGACUUGUUGCAAUAUUUUCAUGAUAACAAUAUCCCCUUGGCCUUGGGUACUAGUUCGAACACGACAAACUUUGAACUCAAGACCAAACAUCUCCAGCACGGAUUCAAGUAUUUCAAAAGCCACAUUGUUACUGGGGAUGAUACCAGAAUACCAAAAGGUAGAGGCAAACCACAUCCCGAUAUAUGGUAUGCAUGUUUAGCAAGUCUAAAUGCAGAGAGGAAACAGAAGGGACUUGAAGAGUUGAAGAUUGAAGAGUGUCUCAUAUUUGAAGAUGGUAUUCCAGGAGUAAUAUCAGGAAAAGCCGCUAAUGCACACGUGAUUUGGAUACCAGAUCCAAAUGCUGUUGCUUUACUUGCAGGCGAGGAGCAUGAAAUUAUUGGAGAAAAUGGUGAAAUCUUAGAAAGUUUAGAGCAUUUUGAUAGAGAUAAAUACUACUUGUAA